AUGGACACCAGUGCGGCCGAAGGUGCGAGUGACGGCGACGGAUCCGGCGACGGCUUUGUGUUUUGGCAGGUCACCGAUCUGCACUACGAGCCGCUCUACUGCGUCGGGUGCGAGACAAAGCACUUUUGCCGACCCAAGGCUUCGGUGGGCGACGAGUUCCAAGAGGUUGCGGUCGGUGGUGGUGGCGAUAGACACGGGGUGGGCAAGAAGGACCACAUCGCCGAGUUCUGGGGCUCGUACGACUGUGACAUCCCCAAGGUCAUGGUCGAGUCGGCUGUAGACUUUGUGGCGGUGGAGAGCCGUGCGCUGAUGGCAGGCAACGGCGGCGUGCCCAUUCCGGUGCUCUGGACCGGCGACUCGGGUCCGCACAAGCUGACCCAGGACGACGCCUCGUCUUCGCUGGCGGCGCUGCUGACGACCUCGCGGACGCUGCAGGACGUGCUGCCGACUGGCACGCCGGUCUUUCCCACCCUCGGAAACCUGGACGUCUUUCCGAACGGCCAGCUGCCCGACGUCGAGUCGACCGAGCUGCUUGCUGUGGUGGCUGAUGCGUGGGCGCCGUGGCUGACGCUCGACGCGCUGGCGCAGUUCCGGUCGACCGGCUACUACGCGCAGGGCCUGCCCGGAACGAACCUCACGGUCCUGUCGCUCAACACAGUGCUGUGGUACAAGGAGAACCAGCUUUCGCGGCCGAACCUCGACGACGAUCCGCUCAACCAGUUUGAUUGGCUCAAGGCGCGGCUGGCAGCGGCGGUGGCGGUCGGGGCCAAGGUCAUUCUCAUGGGCCACAUCCCACCGCAGAACUUCCACGAUCAGUACAACGCCGAGUACGUUAAGAUCCUGCGCAAGUACUCGGACGCUAUCUACGCCCUUGUCUUUGCCCACUGGCACGAAAACAUGAUCUCGUUGCUGUGGGACGAGAGCGCGUAUGGCGGCGACGGCGCUCCCAUCACCGGCGCUCCCAUCGCGGCCCAGUUCUCGGGCUCAUCAGUGACGUCGCGCAAGCACCGCAACCCGGCGGUCCGCCUCUACUCGGCCUCGCUCGCCGGUGGCAUCCUCGACUACACGGUGUACCGGACGGUGCUCGAGGCCGACAAUGCGGCCAACAAGACGUCGUGGGCACCAUACUUUAGCGCGUGCGAGGCGUACCCCGUCGACGACCUCUCGGUGGCCUCGGUCUACAAGCUCUACCUCAAGCUGUAUGCGUCAAAGGCGCCGACUCCGGGGGCGCCGUCGCUGUGGCAGACCUUUGUGGGCGAGCACCUCAUCGCCAACGCGUACACUUGCGACGCAUCAUGCGGCGACGAGCUCCUCGCCAAGAUGGAGUGCAUUGACAUGACGACGACGACCGACUGCGGGAACAUUCCCGACGCCGGGUGCUCGUAGGGCAGGAUCACCCGUUGCGGACCGCGAUGCGGAUCGGGACACCGUAAAGGCCAAACUGAGCUC